AUGCAGCUGUUGGACAAAAACAUGUCAGCCCUGUAUCGGGCCAGCACCUGGGGCUGGUCUCCGACCCGCAAGCGAGAAGAACUGGUCCUUCCUGGCAUGUGCAUCGCCCGCGUCAUGGACAGCACUGCCCCAGGCCAGCUGGCGGGCUUCUGCACCUAUCUGAUUGACGACGAGGACGGUGAUCAGGUGCUGUACUGCUACGAGCUCCAAGUAGCUGCCACGGCGCGCGGCCUCGGCCUUGGUCGACGUCUUUUGCAGCACAUGAUGUCUGUGGCACGCGCGACGCCAGGCGUACGAUUUCUUAUGCUCACCACGUUUCAAGCCAAUCCCAGCCGAGGUUUUUUCGAGCGAUGUGGCCUCGCCAUUGCGCCCUCUUCUCCCGACGACGCCGAUUAUCUCAUCAUGCGCUGCCCCAUCACCCCGACGGUUGCCGCCACCCAUGAUACCCCCGGUCACAGCCCAGCGCCGCAGUCACAGUAA